AGCGUCAGUUUGCAAAGUUUCCCACAGGUUUGUGUUACGUUUCGAUCAGUUGUUCUCUGAAAUGAUAAGCAGAUGCUUUGUCGCUGUCUAUGGCAUUGCCCUCGUGUGCGGUGUACAGGCCGCUGGAGCAGCCUAUGCCGAUGAGUGCACUACGCCCAAUGGGGAGUCGGGCCAGUGUAUGCCCUUCUCCUCCUGCAAGGACAUUGAGGAGCGUCUGACGCAGAGCCAGCAGUCGGGACAGAGUGUGCCAGCCGAUUAUGCCAGCUAUCUGCAGAAGGCUUCCUGUGGGGAGUUCAAUGGAGUGCGUCACUUUUGCUGUCCGGCUGCCCAGAUCCAGCACAACUCCAAGGUGAUGGCUUUGUUCAAGAACGAGAGCUUCGACUGUGGCAAUUUUCUCAGCCAGCGUGUGGCCAAUGGCUAUGAGGUGAAGCUGUCGUCCAGGCCCUGGAUGGCGCUGCUGCGUUACCAGCAAUUCGGGGAGGCGCGUUUCCUCUGCGGCGGUGCUCUCAUCUCAGAACGCUACAUUCUGACUGCUGCUCAUUGUGUGCAUGGCCUCCAGGAUGAUCUCGAUGAGAUACGCCUGGGUGAGCAUCGCAUCUCCACGGAGGAGGACUGCCGCCAGCAGGGACGCAAGAAGAAGUGUGCUCCGCCCGUUGUGGAUGUGGGCAUUGAGAAGUACAUCAUCCACGAGCACUACGAUGCCCGUCACAUCAUGCACGACAUUGCUCUGCUGCGCUUAAAGCGAAGCGUUCCUGUGCAGAAACACAUCAAACCGAUCUGCCUGCCCAUCACAGAUGAACUGAAGCAGCAGGCGGAGCAGAUCAACACUUUCUUUGUCACCGGCUGGGGCACCACGGAGAAUGGUUCCUCCUCUGAUGUGCUGCUGCAGGCGAAUGUGCCCCUUCAGCCACGUUCGGCCUGCUCUCAGGCCUAUCGUCGUCAGGUGCCAACCACACAGCUGUGCGUCGGCGGCGGUGAUCUGCAGGAUUCCUGCAAGGGUGACUCCGGUGGCCCACUGCAGGCGCCCGCCCGCUAUCUCGGAGAGUUUGCCCCACGCAUGGUGGAGUUUGGCAUUGUCAGCCAGGGUGUCGUCUCCUGUGGCCAAAUAAGUUUGCCCGGCCUCUACACGAAUGUCGGGGAGUAUGUGCAAUGGAUCACAGAUACCAUGGCAAGUCAUGGACUGUAAUCGAGAGCUGAGAGUUGAUCUUCUACACCCCAAUAUAUUAUUGUGUAUUUAAGUAGUUAGUAAAACCAUAAAUAAAUGCGAGUAUAUUAUAUUUAAA